AUGUUCACGCUUGGUCCGUACUCGAACAUUGAGGCGUUUGCUGCUAGUGUGGAGACUGCGCCAUUGAGCGUGCACUACAAGAACCACGCACCUUUCUUGACGAUUACGAAGCUUACGCGUGAAAUUGAGGUGUCCAUGUGGGGUCGUGUGUCGUUUGAAGAGGUCUAUGACAUGGAGCACACCGGUGCUAAGCUCAAAGGCGGUUUCUCCCGGUUCGACUACGUACAGCUUCAGCAGCACAGCGCUUCGUUCCAUGACAUGCAUGCUCAAUUGCCAAAGGACGCGGUGAAUGUAUACUACCGUGAUCAGAUUGGUAACAUCUCGACGUCGAGUCUGCGUCCGGCUGGUCGCACGGGCUCGUACCGGGACUUUUUGUUCCAGCCGCGCUUUCCGCUGUUCGGUGGCUGGAAGAAUCAAUGGUAUCUCGGCUACUCUAUCCCCACGCACUUGGUACUGAGUCACGUCGGUGACAAGUUCAAGCUGGUGGUGGACUUUUCAACGUCUCUUCAGGGCGCCUCCGUGGACGACUUGACGGUGAAAGUGAUCCUGCCCGAAGGUGCCACCAACGUGCAGAUCAAUGUGCCGUUCAGUGUGGAUCGCACGAGCGAGACCACGCGACAGACGUAUCUGGACACUCCCGCGAUAGGCCGACCUGUGUUGAUUCUGGACAAGAAGAACGUUGUGGCCGCCCACAAUGUGCCCUUCGAGGUGACGUUCGAUUUCCCGCAGUACUUCAUGAUGCACGAGCCGCUACUGCUGGUCUCUGCAUUCCUUGUCUUCUUUCUCGUUUGCAUGCUGCUCUUCCGACUGGACUUCAGCAUUGCCAAGAAGCCUGUGCAGAAGAAGCCGAAGACGGAAUAA